GGGUGUCAGUGGCUCUGCACAUGCUCAGUGUGCUCUGUGCUGUUGUUGACAAGCUGAGCUUAGGGAUCAUUGGAAAUCAGCAAAACAUUUGCAGAAAGUGGGUUUGCAUCUGUCAGAGAAGCUGAAGAUACUGUUGGGUUGAUAAUCAGAUGCCCCAUCUCUAGCUUAGAGGCAGGGCAGGCAUGAUAUGAUUGACAGCUCAGAUGGAUAAAAAAUAAUAAUUGCGGUUUCAUAUUUAAUUUGAAAAGGUCUUCUGUACAGCCUUUUAUGUCUGGGCGUCAGGUCUUCUGAAAACAGCAGGUUUAGUAACGUCUGAAAACCGCAACUAGAUCAGGUUUAGUAAGGGUAACUAAAUGCACCUAUUCUGCCCUGAGAAAGCUGAAGCCACAGAUACAGCAAAGCCUCACAGGGGCACCGGGUGAACUAGUGAAAAUACAGAACACAAGCACAGUACAAAUUUGAAAGUGAAAGCAUUUUGAGCUUUUGAAGGUACAGAUGGAGAACUUUGGUCCCCUCCCCAUCUCCUACCUCCUCUCGCUGUAGGGAAAUGCUCCACUUGUACCCGGCAGCUCCUCACAGACACUGACCGUGACUUCUUCUGCUCAAAAUGUCCCUUGCAAGCACAUUCAAAGCUUUGGCCGACUACAAUUCUCAUUUUGUUAAAACCUUUCUCCUGACUUUAUUAUUGCUGGGAUUAGAGAGAUUCUUGGAAACAGAAUUUGAGUGCCCCGAGGGCUAUCCUGUGUUCAGGGUGCUUUACAGCCUUACGUUUUUUGUGCUGCCAGCUGCCAUUCUUGUUUUUGUAAGAUGGAAGUUUACCCCAGUAACACUAUGUCAGGGAAAUCAUGGAUGCUGCGCAAAAAUGUGCUAUGGACUAAUUAGUCUUUUUACUUUUCCUGUGAUCUGGGUGCUGAUUUUGAUUGUGGAUGGCCGGUACCUGUACUGUAUACUCCCACACGGUGAAGGAGACAUAAAAAGACAAAUAAUUCAGAUGGCUGGAGUGUGUACCUUUGCACUGCUUAUCAUUGCCUAUUGCAUCACAUGGCCUGCAUGUGGCUGUACAAAAAACUGUGCAAAACACUAUGAUGAGAUGGAAGCGGAAAUUCUCUUACAAAACACAAUUGUGAAGUUAAAAGAAGAUGAAAAGAAAAUAGCACGAGAACAAGAAGCAAGAGAAACAAUGAAAAACACUAAUGCGCGUGCCAACCAUUCAGCUUCUGGGGACAAUGAUCAGAACCCAGAAGAAGUACCCCUGCAAACUCUGGAAUGAAAAAAUAAAAUUAUUAAAGGGAUUUUGUAAUGAUAAGUAAGGGGUACAUACGCAAAUUUUAGCCUUCAUUUUCUGUCUUGUUUCUUUUACCUGCUUUUCUUCCCCUUUCUAGAUUUUUUUUCCUUUGAAUUAUAUAAAGUAUAGCUAAUACAAGUGUUUAUUAGGCCUUUGAGGUAGCAUAACUGUAGAAUCCAAUAUGUCUAAAGGCUUAAUAUCUGUUUCAAGAUUUGAAAUAAAAAUUGUCAAUAAAAAAUGGGGGAUUUUGACAUGA